AUGUUCAUCAGUUACGACUUUGUUGCGCUUGCUCUCCAAGCAGUCGGCGGCGCUAUUGCGGAUACGAAUUUGAGCAACCAGCAAAUGCAGGAUAAGGGUGUACAUACCAUGGUGGCUGGUCUCGCAUUUCAAGUCGCAAGUCUGUUCCUGUUUUCUGUUCUCUGCAUUGAAUAUGCCUGGCGGGUCAGCAGGAGCCAAGGCACGACAAAACCUACAGAGUACAGCUAUCUGACGCGCAAUAUAUACUUCCGCAUGUUCCUAGGCGCCAUUGCAUCUGCUACCCUUUUCAUAGUUAUCAGAUUAGUCUAUCGGCUUAUCGAGUUGCAAAACGGAUUCACGAGCAAGAUAGCGAACAAUGAGAUCAUGCUCAUGGUUUUUGAUGGCGCCAUGGUAGUGUUGGCAUGCCUCAGCUUGACUGUCUUUCAUCCUGGGCUGACCCUGGAAGGCAGCUGGAACUUCCGGCCAUCCAAAGUAGCACAUGAUUUGGAGACGCUGCAAUCAAUAAACGGAAUCAUAGAAGAAAUGGGCGUAGUCACAAAUGAACAAGUCAAAUUAGGCGUGAGAGGAGAAAUAGACGGGGCUUAG